GAUGAAUCGUUGUUGACCAUACGGACACACAUUACACAUGACACAUUGUCAAGACUUAACAAAUGUAGCUGGCGAUAUGUGUCAUGACAACAGGGUGUGUUCUCUUCCAGCGAGUUGAUAUCCAGAUCACUCGGAAUCUUCCUCUUCCUCUCCGUAGGAUUGUUCUUGGUCCUCAACCUCCUCGUCUUCAUUGUGCUGCUGUUCGUGCAUCACCUCGCCACGUUCACCCCCGCUGUCGUCCUCUUCCUCAGAGCCGUCUUCCUCAGAACCUUGCUCAGACGCCUCAUUCUCGUCUUCACCGUCAGCUUCGCCCCCCUCUGCUGCAUUCUCACCAUCAUAGGUGGCUGCGGGCCCGCCCUCAAUGCGACCAACCUGAAGCUCGUCGCCGUUGCCAAAAUCGGGCGCCAUCUCAGCAACGGCGGAGGCCGCCUUGUGCUUUUCAGAGUGCUGCGCCAGGGUGAUGGCACCCACCGGCGAGGCAGUCGGUGCGGCGACGGGUUGGGCAGUGGGUCGCAAUGCUCCAAGGGAGAGUGCAGACAAGUCGAAUGGCGGUCUGACAGAUGGGGGGGGAGAUGGAUAAGGUCUCGAGUGCUCGUCGUAGCCACCAAACGCCUUCAGCCGCUCAAUCGUCUUGGCCUUGGCGGCGGUAAGGUCGGCGAGCCUUGACGAGAGGGAGUCAAAGUCCUUGACAGAACGUUGUGUGCUUUCUUGGUCCUGUGAAAUCGGAUAGAUGCAGAUACGUGAAAGAUGCAGCUACGCGGGCAAAAUGUGUGUGUACCGGUUGCUGCGCAAAGGUAGCUAAGUGAUCAAGAGCCCUGCAGGGGUAUGUGAUUGCUUCGCAUGCCAUGUGCAUCAAUUGAUGUGGGGGUGACUUACCUGUGGUAUUCGAUGCGCGUCGAGAUGGAUCGCAGAACGAAAUCAAGCACGACUGGCAACAAUUCAUGGACCUGGGCGCGAUAGGACAAGAGGCAGGAGAUCUCAUGCACGUGUGAACCUCCGUCAGUCGUGCUUCGCCAUCUCCUGUCCACCUUUGCCUCUUCCACUUUGGCAAUCUCCCUGGCCCGGUCUGCUGCUGCCGUCAACGCCGCUGUGCACACAGCCUGAACAACAGCCCUCAGACACACAACGGUUGCACGAGUUGACAUACGCCAGAUUGUGACAGAGAACUCACAGGCGUGUCGAGGUUGUCUGCGGGAAGGGCAAGGACUUCCACAGGAGAAGGUUCCACACCAUUCAUCCUCGCCUGGCCGCCAUCCCCCUCUGCCUUCACCCAAGCUGCCUCCUCUCCUUUAACCGGCCCGUUGGCCCGUGAGUGGUCGCCCGCUGGCUCCUGCUUGACGCGAGCUUCAUCCGCAGACUGGUCUAUCUUUGCCGUACGCGACGCGUCAUCCAUGGCUAUUUCCAAGGCGAGAGCGAGAGCUGCAUCAUCUUCCUGUUGCUCGCCACUGUUGCGGGUCCUGUCUUGUCCCGAUGGCUCUGAAGGCUCCUGCUUGACCUUGACCAGCGGGGGACGGGGGGGUUCGGGUGCGGCCUGCUGUCGCUGCGUGUACUCGUGCACUUGCUCCAAUACCUGAUUGGUGCACAGAAAGAGUGCAUUUAUGAUUGUCCGGGACAGUGGUGGUGUUUGGUUGACCUCGAGCUGAGCAGCCUUGGCUGCAAAUGCGGCCACGAUUGGAUCCACAUGUGUGGCCAACAUGUCCAGCUGAGCGUCGAGAAACAAUGAUGAUUCCACACGUCUCGGGUGCAGCAUGAUUUGAUGUAUGUACCUGUGCCUGCAGAGGGUUGGACAUGUGCGAAAGCGGCAGUAGGGUCGUCUCGCCUUGCAUCAGACUCUCAUAUGCCCCCUGCAUGCGCCCACUGCAGCACACGCAACAGACUCUCAUACAGAGAGUAUGUGCCGCUUCUUUUUGUUCCUCUCACAUUCGCGGCCUAAAGUGUGAUGUCGUCUGUGCGGACAUCUCUUCGGCAGGCAGGGAGAUGAAGUGCAGGAGACACUCCUCAGCCGCCCUCCCGUGGCCCACUUGGCUGGCUAUCCUGUCCCAGUCCAAGGAAUCGACAUAGCUCUGAUGUUGGGUUGCAUCGAGGGGGACAGGCGGAUGGCCGAGGGACUCCAAACCCGACUCGAUAGCGCCUGCACGGGAGGGGCAAUCAGGUAGGGAAAUGUGUUGUACUCUGGGAGUGCAUGCCUGCUAUCCUGUACCGAUGAGCACAGCUGUCUCUUCUUUCGUCCACCGCCAUUCCUCACAGGCCACGGGCAGACAGACCUGAACGGGAAAAGGAGGGUGGGCUGGGAGAGCCCCUUGGUGCUCGUGUUGUCUUGUUACUUUCAGGAAGCUGGAGGACGACAGGUGUGCAGGAUAACGCCCAUUGGCGAAGCACUCGAGGCACCAAAUACACCGAUCCAAAACGGAAGCAGACACAACUGAACCACACACAUUCACACCCCGUUCAUCCAUCACUGAGUCGUGCCGCUCUUUUCUUCCCCAUCGGUUCCUGCUGACCGUGUUCCGUCAGGUGCGGCCGCAUGAUGUAGUAGGCGUGACGGCAGACCUUGGCGCACGCCGUACAUCUGUGUGGGCCCAUUGGUGUCGGUGCAUUCGGCCACCCACGAGUAGAUCGCAGGAGAGACACUUCCAGGUCAUUGUGGCUUUCAGGCGACACGGCGCUACGAGUGGCGCGGGCAGACGGAGGGGUGCUCCUGCGGGGGCGAGGGUACAGAAGGGAGGGAGAGGAAUACAGGCCUGGGUUUUCAUCGCCAUCCGUCAAAGGCGUCGCCACUCUGAUGUCCUCCAGCCGGAUGUGUUUGGGUUUGCCUCUGACAGCUCCCCAGAGGGGCGGUGGGCCGCUGUGGGGCUCAACCUACCAACAGGGACACAUUGGCACCAUGAUUGGUUGACUUGGUGAGUGAGUCACAUUCGUCCGUUGGUUGGUCACCGCGUAAUUAAUGAGGCCCCAGUAUUCGAGCCAGAGGUGCAGCUGCAUUACCAGACGAGCGUCGUACUCCCGCCCUGUGUGCGCCGUUGACAAGACAGACAGACACACUGGCCUCGUCUGCCAAUUGUGGUGUGGCUCAUUGUCUGUCUCACCGAGUAUGUGCCACGCAUCCUCACACGACAAGUACCUUGAUGGGUCGCCCCUGAGGGACAGGCAGGCACACAAACAAACAACAGGUAGGUCAGAGCUGGCACCUGCCUGUGCAGUGGUUACCGAUACACAUUGAUGAGAGUGUCUCUGAGCUUUUUGUACGUGGCCUCCCGCGCCCGAACAGGCAGCAACCCACCUAUCCACAUCGACCCCAACACAGUCGUGGUACACAAUGCACGUAGUGUAUUCGUGUAUCACCCACCUCUCGAGCCAGCAAAAAUGGUUGCCAAUUGCUCCCUCUCCAUCGGGCCCGUCCCACUGGGAUCGAACCAGUGCGGGAGACCCUUGCGACCCAUCUCCUCCCUGGCCUGGCUCAUAUCAGUGCUGUCAUCACGCCGCCUGUCCACGUGAGUGGGGUCCGAGAUGACAGACUGGAGGUAUGUCGAGGUGUUGCGGCCCAAGAGGUCCGUUGCAUUGAUGAGUGUGAAGUUGCUGGUCGUGUGCAGGAUUGAAUGUGCACGACCAUGGCUGCUGGCGAGCGGAAGCCUGAGAUGCAGUCGUAACAGUAUGAAUCUCUGACUCAACCACUGUUCCUGCCUUGGUAACCCACCUGACGGCAUCUGCGGCGAUUGGUAUCACCCUAUUGUCGCUUUCCCUCUCAUGCUCGGUCGACGGGGCGUCGUCCCUGUGCCUCUUGCCUGGGGGCUGGCGCACAUUAACGAGCCUCUCCACUGCACUCCAGUUCUCGGGCGCCUGCUCGCUCACUGGCACGGCCUUGACCUCCAUCAUCUGUUUCUCCCGCCUCUUGGCCUGCUCCUGUUCGGCCUUCUGCUGCGCCGCCUCUGCCUCCUCCCGACGCAGCUGCUCCAGAAAGGGCACAACAUAGCUGUCCCGCGCCUCAACGUCGUCAUCGGACACCUCAUCGUCGUUGCCCUUGAGUGCCGAGCGGGACAGAACCUUGCUGAGCGGCUUCUCAGCGAUCCUCACGUGCGUCAGCUUGGCCACGCUGGGGCGACACAUCAACUCGAAGCGCAACGGAUGCUGCUGCGCCAACGCCCGCCGCUUGGACGGCACAUCGCCACCCGUUGCCCGCGGGCUUGGGGCGUCCUUGGAUCGCACACUCACGCGCUCAAGAACGUCGGUGUCCACCACUCCUCUGCUAGCCGCUGGCUUCUUGAUCCGUCUGCUCGCCCGCACAGACUGGGCAGGGGGUGAUGUAGGUCGCGCCUGGGACGUUUCGCCUUGAUCCCUGUCCUUCUCCUUCUUGCGUUUCUUGUCUCGGUGUCGCUCGCUGUCGUGGUCUUCUCGCCUCCUCUUUUUGUCCUUGUCCUUCUUUUUCUUGUCCUUCUUGCUCUCCCUACCAUCAAUCUGGUCCACCAUGGCGGAAUCCGCAACCCCCUCCGGCGCUUGAGCUGUCUGUCGCCUUUGCUGCUGCUCCUGUUGCUCCCCCUCGGGGAGUACGGGGAUGGGUGGCUGAGUGAGGAGGGUCUGCAGAGGCAGCUGUUGCAGCUGAAGCAGCAGCCUGGGGUCGAUGACGUCGUCGUGCACCUCGUAGUCAAGCUCAUUCAUCCACUCGCCGAACUUGGCCAGGUGGUCCAUCCAGAGGUGUCCCACCUUCCAGCGGCCGUCAUCGGGGGGCGUCGGGGGGCUCUCCUCAAUUGGCGCGUCAGCAUCAGGGUGGGUCCACUGGUCGUACGAGUCAGGGUGGUACCACCAGUGCACGAAUGCGUAGCCUUCCGGACCACCCGACUCGAUGACGCGGUAGUAGAUGCCGGUGCUCUCCUCUACUGACGCAUCGUCACGAACCACUAUGUGGGUGGCGUCCAUGGGCGAGGCCACCGGGUUGCCGCCGUACUGCUGGAGAAUCUCCGCAUAGCGCGUCUGUGUGGCGCGGUCGAUCGACUGGCUGUCGAAGUAGACGUGCGGCACCACCCAUAUCCGUGACUCCUGAAGAGCGAACCGCAGCUCAUUCGUCAGCUGGUACGGGUAGCUGCCCGACAGGGCUGUCGCCGAUGACAGAUCGAUGUGCGCGACGAGCGGAUACUUGGCCUGCUGGGAUCGCCUGAAGCUGAAGAGGGCCUGGCAGAUGGUGAACAGCCCACCGCUCUGAGAUGGCCGGCAAUCGCGGAAGAAGCGAGUCGGGAUGUGCAAGCAAGAAGGCCUCGGACCAGAACCCUGAACGCGGCCGGACACACAGAGAGCUGACAGUGAGCAAGUCCUCUUCCUUCAGAUGCGUCAGUUUUUUUCAGAUGCGUCACUUUUGUCCCUGAGGCAUGCACGCAUAUUCAUGGUUGACCUGUGGCGUGACGGCGAUGUCCUGAAAGGUGAGAAACUGCCAAACGAAAAGGGCGAUGCCCUGUGGUGAGCAGAGGGGGUCGUUGUGCACCCAUGUGAUGGUUUGCUUGAGGAAGGUACACAGCUCCGUGUACCGCGACAGUAGGUGCCGAUUGAGGGAUGAGGGGAGGCCCGGCUGCUCGCUGUAGCGGGUUGGACGAGCUGACAUCAGAGGAAGCUCACACCAAGCUCACACUCACUUCCAGAUCCAUAACAGCUCGCAGCCGGUCGGCAGAUCUGCUGCGUCGGCAGAUCUCCGAUUGGGCGAGGGAGCUUUCAC